GUCACCACAGAGCACUAGAAACCCUAGGAAAAUUAUACAAACUUAUCCUUGUGAAUCGCCAUUGCUGCUCCACUUCUGCUUCUUCGUCAUCACAGAGGAGAAAACAGUAAGAAGAAGAGAGAUUCUAAUAGUCGAAAUCAUGGUUUGCAUUAGACAAGCCACCAUAGACGACCUACUGGCGAUGCAGGCCUGCAAUCUCCUCUGCCUCCCCGAGAACUAUCAGAUGAAAUACUACUUCUAUCACAUCCUCUCUUGGCCUCAGCUCCUCUACGUCGCCGAAGAUUAUGGCCGUAUCGUUGGCUAUGUACUUGCAAAGAUGGAAGAAGAGACCUCCGAGUGCCACGGUCACAUCACCUCCCUUGCCGUUCUUCGCACUCACCGCAAGCUUGGCCUUGCCACCAAGCUCAUGACCGCUGCUCAGAACGCCAUGGAACAAGUCUUCGGUGCUGAAUACGUCUCUCUCCAUGUCCGUAGAAGCAAUCGUGCUGCUUUCAAUCUGUACACCGAGACGCUUGGUUACAAGAUCCAUGAUGUCGAGGCUAAGUACUAUGCUGACGGUGAGGAUGCGUAUGACAUGAGGAAGCAGCUCAAAGGCAAGCAGCAUCAGCAUCAGCAUCACCAUCAUCAUCAUCACCAUGCCGGGUGCUGCUCUGGUGAUGCCAAGGAUUCGAAAGAAGCGAGAGAAGCGAAGGAUUCGAGAGAGGCGAAAGCGGCUGCUGCUGAAUGAUGAUUGAGGUAACUUCCCAAUUUGGAUUGGGAUGAUUAGGGCUUUGGUUAAAAAUUAUUUCUUUUAAAUGUUAUUGAGAUGUUAUUUUUGUAAUAAUAACCGUUUUAUGAAUUGUUCUGCAUGAGAAGAUUGACGGAU